GCGCUGUUCAUUCGUGAAGCAACCGUCGUGAGCGCCACUUGUGCGAGUGCGAGUGUGGAACGCGAUGUCCGUACGCAGCAGUGUCGUAGUGUUUUGUUGUUUUGUUUGUUUGCGCUUGUGUGUGCCCGGAAAGAUAAUGCAGCAGCAGCAGCAGCAGCAGCAGCAGCAACUUAUUUGUGCUCACUAAACCGCUUGUCAACAGGAACGCAUUUUCAAGAUUUAUCUUAAACGCAUACCUUUUGGUGGUGGAUGGUCGCCAGAAAUAUUACGAAAGGCCGGUGAAGCUUUGCCGUGUAACUGAGGGCUGAAAUAAACAAGCCCUCUACCUAGUGACAGUGGUUGCUGCCCGUGCCGGUUUGGGCAGUCUGGCGUGUGCGUUGGUGUGGUGUAAAUACCGUUGGAAAUGUCUUAUUGAUGAAGCAGCCUACCAUGUAAGCCGGGGGGCAAACCAAAUCUGAAUACAAAAUAAGCGAAAGCAUAUUUGACGAGUACACGAAAGGUGAAAAACACACGCUGGGGUAGAGGAAUAGUGCAUUCUACACGUAAGCUUUAUCCACUAUCAGCAACAGUGACAAAAAGUGCAGCCAAUGAAUGUGUGCAUUUCGGUGGGUAAAAUAUUGUGCAUUGUUGUUUAGAAGCAGUGUGUGUUGAGCAAGUGUUCAUACGUCAGUGCGUGUCAAACGCCGUACUAGAAAGAAGGAUUGUGAAACGAAACGAUUCGGCUGUUGUGAAUAGUGGUUUCGGGGGCAGGGAAGAUUGAGUUUGUUUUCAGUGUUAUCAAGAUGCUGGAUCCAAGCAGGAAGAAACGGCCAGGCAAUGGUACGGUGUCGGUGUGGAGCACCAGUACGGCCGGAAUCGAUACGGUACUCGCAACUACGCUCGGGACGGCGGUAACACCAAAAACCUUCAGCACUGGCCAGCUACAUCAGACGGGCCUUAGCCAUCAGCCGAACGGAACCGGAAACGGCAACGGAGUCGUCCAUCACCACCCGAACGUCGGCAACGGGACGGGACUGAAUCACGCGCACCUUCACAUCGGCAGCAACGGCAACAGCCACAGUGGAAGCAUCGGCAACAACAGCACCCACAGUCUUACACCGCACGGCGGCCACGGCGGCGCUUCCAGUUGGAACAACCGAACCAGUAUUUGCAGUACGCACAACAAGCGACGAUCCAACCUAAGCACAAUGUCACAAACCGGCGAUGAUCUGCACACACCCAACUACCUGUCCUGGCGAAAGCUACAGCUGAGCCGUGCGAAACUAAAAGCUUCCAGUAAAACGUCCGCCCUGCUGUCUGGAUUUGCCAUGGUCGCUAUGGUUGAGGUGCAGCUGGAUGAAAAUACCAAAGUGCCAUCGGCAAUGCUGAUAGCGUUCGCCGUGUGCACCACGCUCCUGGUGGCGGUGCACAUGCUGGCGCUCAUGAUCAGCACCUGCAUCUUGCCCAACAUCGAGACGGUGUGCAACCUGCACAGCAUCUCGCUCGUACACGAAUCGCCCCACGAGCGGCUACACUGGUACAUCGAGACGGCGUGGGCCUUCUCUACCCUGCUCGGCCUAAUCCUCUUUCUGCUCGAGAUCGCCAUCCUGUGUUGGGUGAAGUUUUACGAUCUCAACACGACGGCCGCCUGGUCGGCCUGCAUAGUGCUCAUUCCAGUGCUGGUGAUCUUCGUGGCGUUCGCGCUCCACUUUUACCGCUCGCUGAUGAUGCACAAGUACGAGGUGACCGUGUCCGGCAUUCGGGAGUUGGAGAUACUCAAGGAGCAGAUGGAGCAGGACCAUUUCGAUCAGCAGCAGCACCAUCACGGGAUACUGCACCCGUCCGGGCUGCAGAUCGUGUGAUGCAUAGCCAUCGACUUCCAUCACCACUUUUAUAUUUUUACAAAUUACACCAACUGUGAUUUCAUGCUUCAACAUAAACCUUAAUUGUGAACCUCGAUUGGAUAGGAUCUGGUCUGUUUGUUUGAUUUUUUGUUUGUCUCUAUUCCUUUCCUCUAACUGUUUCCUUUGUAGUAGGUCCCUCAUUCCCACAGUACCUCCCUAUCCGCGAUAGCUUCUAGUGAUGAGAAAUUAUGUCUAGCUAGUGUAAUCAUCGAUUUAUUUUAUCCUUUCCCUUUCGCACCCAACAUAACUGUAUCACACACAAAAAAGACAUCGAGUAGAGGAGAGAGAAAAACUAUUGUUACUUACCCUUUAACGAUCACGUGUAGACAACUAAUUUAAUUGCUAACGAGAAAUGUAUGACGAGCAUGUGAACCGUUGCCAGACAGAUUUAUGCAAAUAAAUCACAAAUUAUAAUCGAAUUGAUCGUGCGAUUGAAGCAAUUGUUAUGCUUCAAUACAGUUAAGCAUUAUUGAACGAAGAAAAGAAAUGCGUUAGUUGAUUGAAGCGACAACACAGACGAUUGUAUUCACAUCAACAUUCCCAACGUGACGAAGAAAAUAAAAUGAAUGAAAUCGUA